AGUCGGAGUCCUGACUUUCGACUUUGAUUUGACAGGAAGCACUAAGGUUUUUUUUCGCCGAGUUGACUGGGCGACCUAGCUGUAUGUAAUAUCUCUUUCUCUCGCUUUCGCAAAAUCUUCAGUGUCCUCCACCUGAACCAACGAAACUACUACCCCGAGGUACGUACUUAAUUGAAAUGAAUUUCGUCACGAUGUGAAGGUUUUGUAACAAACAGUAUCUGUUCAGCAAGUACUCAAUCUCAAACAAAGUAACAUCCCCUAUUACCAUCCUUACUCGAAGUUUCUUGUUGCCCGCUCACUUCCUUUCGGGAGCUGACGUGUUUGGCUUUUUCUGAACCUGUAUGAACACCACGAAUUACAACACAGUAGACGACAGUUCGGCUACUGUAAUUAGAUCGACAUCAUCUUCAUCAACUACUCCUAGAGUUGUACAAGACCAGCAGGAUUCUAAUCACGAACUACACACUUCUGCUGAAGACCAACAAGACAGAAUGUUUGAGGUCGUCGGAAACCAACAGCCGGGAGGUUCUUUCGGCUCCAACAGUUAUGACCGUUUCGGGGAAGACUUGAUGGCGGAGAAGGUGGUGCGGCGGGGCUUCAUCCGGAAGGUGUACGGAUUACUCACCAUGCAACUUCUCUGCACCACACUAAUCGCAGCCCCUUUCGCGACCCACAUGAUCAGCAACGAAUGGGUGGUGAAUAACGCCUGGCUCGGUUUGAUCUCCAUGGUCGGGUCGCUAGCGAUCGUCUGUGCGGGUAGUUGCAACCCGGAGCUGUUUCGGAGGUAUAGUAGAUACACUGCUUCACCUUAACGAAGUGGGAGAUGCCGAUGCUCUACUGCUCCUGCUCAUCAUGAUAAUCUGUCGGCCUUUUUUAUGUAAUUAAUUUUGUUCAACACCGACCAGAACUAAACUCGCCUUCGACCCGCAAAAACAAGAAAUCCAAAAAACAAACCCAGGUACCCAUCCAACUACCUCUGCCUCAUGGUGUUCACCAUCCUCGAGUCCGUUUUAGUUGGUUUCGUCGUCUCCGCGUAUAACACGCAGUCCGUGAUCCUCGUCUUUCUCCUCACCUGCACUAUUUUCGGCCUCCUCUCCUGCUACGCCAUGUGCACCGAUACGGACUUCACCGGGAUGGGAACCUACCUCUUCGCCUUCCUCGCCGGAUUGUGCGUCAUGUCACUGGUGUUGAUGUUUUUCCCCGGCCCGGAAGUGGACAAAUUCCAAGCGGGAAUCGGCGCGGUCCUGUUCAGCUUCUACAUCAUCUACGAUACCCAGCUGAUCAUGGGCGGCAAGCACAAGGUGCAGUUCAGCAUCGACGACUACGUGUUUGCGGCACUGAACAUCUACAUGGAUAUUCUGAACCUGUUUUUAGACCUGCUCCGAAUCCUGGGAGAAAACUCGAACAACUGAAGCGCCGGAUGCUGAGCGAGAUGCUAAGAUGGCGAUGAAGAACAGGACCAAGAUUGAUGCCAUGAGGUCGGUGUGUUUUUGUUGAAAAGUAGAUUUAUGACCACGGCGAUCAAGUAUGAUGCCGAUUGCGAAACACGAGUCACAAGUAAGUAUCUUACACAGCGAAUGCGAAAGGACGAUAGGGAUUCUUUUUCUUAUGAAUGUGGACACGAACAAUGCCAUCCAAUUUUUGCAGUCGGCACCUCCGAAUUAUUAUUAUAAACGGAUGAAAUAGAAUCAGGAUCAGCGUAGAAGUACUACUGCGAGUUAUGCCUCCAUGGUGAGCGGAAAAAAUCGCACACAUGCCCAUGCGUCACGACGUCGACUUAGACCUACAUAUUACUAUUCCGGCGACAUUGAAGAUGUUGAGAAGGGAAAAUUCCGGUCAACCGAUCUUCAUUCGCUGUCCGAAAGUGAAACUGACAUGUUCAUCUACACCUUUCACUUCAUAUGUGCAGUCUGAUCGAGGAGAUUCCAAACAGAAAAAGAGCGGUAUGAGCCGCCAGAAUUUCAACACCACAAAGUCAAAGAGACAUAGCAUACUCGUGGUAAAGCCAAAGCCAAAGGCAGCGACUGUGUAGUGUGAGAAACCAUGAUGGAAGUAUUUCAUUCCGAUUUUUCAAAAGUGCGAG